ACAACAUAGCAGCGUAUUCAAGAUGAAAUCUCUUCUACUGGUCCUGUUUUUCGGAGCUUCAGUCACAUUGGCAAAAUCGCCUUUUGAGCAUAAAGCUCUCGAUGAGUUUUCAGAUAAAGAAAGAGAAGAUUUGUUGAGAGAGUCGGCUGAUGAAGAAAACGAUCCGAAACUUAUACCACCGACGAUCUUUCCUGCUGAAAAGUUAUGUAAACUUUCACGGGGAAUUUGUCUGGCGGUCGCCAAGGAUGACUCUUGUAAAAGAUUGGCUUGUUACGAGAAAUAUAAAACCUGCAUGGAGUCAAAGCUACCUUAUCCACGCCCCACGCCAACUCCGAGACAGAAAAAGUGUCUCGAUAUUGGUAAGAAAUGCAUGGGCAAACCUGGUAUGGACUGCACCAAGAAGUUAUUAUGCAUGGCUGCAGUUAAAAUAUGUCUGGGGGUAAAUAAUCUCCCUGGAGGACCCAGGUACCUUCCCAUUGCUCCAUGGUGAUCAAUCCUCUUGUUUCUCUUGAAACUCGUCACUCUUGGCGCCAAUUAUGGUAAAGAAAGAAUGUGAUGUAGAUGUCAUGGAUAGAUGAAUAAUUUGGAGGAAUAAAGCUGAUUUAAAAGCUGUC